UUGCAGGCUAGAGAAAGACAAUCGCGCGGGUAGUGGGGAAUGGGAGAAACAGGUUCUCCUGGCACACGGAGAGAAGUCAACAAGCGCGUUUGAGCAGUAGCGGUAUAACGGUACUUUUUUUUCUCCGCUCCGUCGACACUCCAAGAUACGUGUAAUUUGAAGCACGCGUAACACAUGCGCGUCCCAUUAUCGGAGAGCAUGUCUCUCUCAGUCUCCGUGUUUGACAACUGCUGCAAUGAGUGAAUCAGAGAGAAUUUAAAAAAAUUCAGAGAGAAAUCGCUAGUUGCCAGGAUGGAGAUGAAGGAGGUCAAAUGCAGAGCUAAUGGCAAAAAGGCCGAAGAUGGAAUGCGGGCAAAGGUACUCGACACCAAAGUAAAAGAAUUGGCUAAGAUAUUUUUAGUGGUGAUAGUGGGACCAGCAGUGCUCUACACUCUCUUCUUCGUAUUUUUACACUAUCAAUCGCACUUGACAACGAUCAAAAUAAAAGAAGUAGCAGCGAGAGAGAAGAAGCCGGUUUAUUGGGUGUACGGUCGAGAUUCGAACGAGGGCCACUUGAAACACGUGUUCGCGGUGCUCGGCAGGUUGGGCUUCGAACGUGGCAGCAACGAAUCCGACUGGGAUCUGCUCUGGGCGCACGACUACCCAUUCAGAGCGCUGUAUCCGUCGCUGAAUAAUCUGAAGCCUCAUCAGAAAGUCAAUCAUUUUCCAGGAUGUGGCUACAUCACGAACAAGGUCGAUUUGUCGACAACGGAGGGCAAGUUCAUGCCAAGAGCCUUCAAAAUUCCAGAGCAACGGGCGCCGUUUCUGGAGUACGUAAAGCAGCAUCCCGAGAUGAUUUUCGUGCAGAAGUCCAAUUCGCACCGAGGAAUCAAGAUUCAAAAAGUCGACAAUCUGAAUUUGACGACUGACGGGUCGUUCGUGCAACAGUUCAUCGAGAAGCCGUUUUUAGUUGACGGAUACAAGUUCGACAUUGGCAUUUACACUGUCAUCACGUCCAUAGACCCACUGAGAGUUUACGCGUACAAAGGUGACGUACUGUUCCGUUUCUGCCCAAUCAAAUACUACCCAUUCGACUCGGAGCAAGUUGACAAAUACGUGGUCGGCGAUGACUAUUUGCCCAUUUGGAACGUGCCUUCUCUAAAAAAUUAUUACACCAACCUUGGCUUCUCGAUGAAGGAAUCUUUUGACUCGUACGUUCGUUCGAAAGGCAAAGAUCCUCAAAAGAUGUGGGAGGACUGUUUCAAAGCAAUCACAAGUGUUAUUCUGAAAAAGGAGGCUCACAUUCGAGAUAUCGUCAAGCGUUUUAAGACUUCUCGAAAUUUUUUUGAGCUGGUCAGGUUUGACUUUACCAUUGACGAAGAUUUGAAUGUGUUUAUGAUGGAAGCCAACAUGUCACCCAACUUAUCGUCAGCGCAUUAUCCGCCUAAUCAAUUGUUAUAUGAACAAGUUUUAUAUAAUUUGUUCGCGUUGAUUGGAGUUGGACAAAGGGUCCGGAAAGAUUCUUUAAAAGCGAGAAAUGUCGAAGAAGAGGACAUGAUCACUGCCGAUAAGAAUUUGGUUGUCUUACCAGACAUUUGCUCUGAGUGUGACGAUUGUUUUAAGGUAGAGUGCCAACUUUGCAAACCGUGUUUCACUGAAGAAAUGAAAUUAACGUUGACUCAAAGUUACUGGGAGCACCAAAAUAAAAUGGAUUACUUGAGAAUUUUUCCGCCUCCAAUUACGAAAGACAUGGUUUUGAAAGAUUAUUCUCUGAGAAAUCAAUUAUUGAUUAGGUGGUUCCAAGGAAAAUGCGAACUCGAUCCAACAUGGUGUGAAUAAGUUUUUACUUUAAGAAAAACUGGUUGCAUGAAAAU